CUGGCGCCCGCGCAGAACGCAAGUGCAGGGACUCGACCUGCGCGGGCGCCAGGGCUGCGGGCUCAUCUAUGGGACUUUCCAAAAGUAAACAGAAAGCCAACCAAGGUAACGAGCCAGGACCCGCGGGCCCGUCGCCGCAGAUGCAAAGUGGAUGGACUCCGGACCGUGUACAAGUGACCCCACAGCUGCCAUACCGUGAGGCGGAGAGGAAGGGGACUGCCUAUUCCAAUCCCAAAUCUAAGGAGAAGCCGCUGGAGAGGGCCUCCCCUGAGCCCAGGCAGGCAGAUAGGAAGUCUCAAGACACCACCCCUAGGUCUUCAGAGACCCCCUACCAGAGGAAAGUGACAUCCAGACGCCAAGGGCCUUCUGCUUCCUACGAGGUUGAAGAGAAACCUAGGCCUGCAAAACUGAGCAAGACGAGCGGCUCCAUCCCACAGAUUGUCAUCACAAGCGCCUCCAAUGAGACCCUCAACUCCCCUGAAAUCGAGCCGAAGACCAUCAAGGAGUAUGCCACAUUCGGGCCCCUUGCCCGACACAGGAACCCCAGCACAGUGGAUGCAUACCAUCCUGAAGACUUGGAAUAAACACACGCCUCAGUG